CAAUCAUGAAGCUGUAAAUGCUUAGCUAACAUGCUCUUGUCCGGGCCGUGUGAGGAAAACACAGCGCAGAAGUUCGUGUUUGACAGUGAAAACUUGAUAUAUUUAGACAUAUUUUUCAGAUCCUUGCUGGUCUGAUGGGUUCAUGAUAACAUCUCGGAGAGCAGAGCCCGUUCAGCACCAUGGCCCUCGCUGAGGAGCAGCCUGAGAAACACUGUUGGGUGUGUUUUGCCACUGAGCGAGAUGACCACAGCGCAGAGUGGGUGAGCCCCUGCAGGUGUAAAGGCUGCACUAAAUGGAUCCACCAGUCGUGUCUGCAGCGCUGGCUGGACGAGAAGCAGAAAGGAAACAGCGGAGGAGCGGUGAACUGUCCGCAGUGUGGCACUGAAUACCACAUCACCUUCCCCAAGAUGGGCCCGUUGGUGUAUUUCCUCCAGCAGAUAGACAGAGCUCUGUCACGGGCCAGUCCCUUCGCUGCUGUCGGCGUGGUGGUCGGGACCGUCUACUGGUCGGCUGUCACAUACGGAGCUGUGACUGUCAUGCAGGUCGUGGGACAUAAGAAGGGCCUGUAUGUGAUGGAGCGAGCCGACCCCCUGUUCCUGUUGAUGGGUCUGCCCACCAUUCCUGUGCUGUUGGUCCUGGGAAAGAUGAUCCGCUGGGAGGAUUAUUUAGUGAGACUGUGGCAGAGAUACUCCUACAAAGGGAAGCUAGGCACCAGCCGUUAUCUGCCCCGUGUCCCUGACGGGGCCGGUACAGGAGACCACGUCUCUGUGUCCAGGACUCUGUGUGGAGCUCUCAUCUUUCCCUCCAUCGCCAGUCUGGUGGGAAGGCUACUGUUUAGACGGAUGCCCUCUAAUCUUCAGCGCACUGUACUGGGAGGCAUCGUUGUGUUGAUGAAGGGCGUGAUGAAGGUGUAUUUCAAACAGCAGCAGUACAUCGUUCAGGCCAACCGGCACAUCCUCAACUACCCAGACAGCAACGGAGACGGACAGAAUGAAGGUACAGAUGAGGAAACAGAGGACAGCGGAAAUGAGUAGUGUUGCUAAACUCGGAAAGAGGCCAGAAAAGGAAAACCUGCGUGGUCAGAGACGAUCGUAAAAAAAGUUUUUUACCAUAAAACAAUGCACAACAUUGAUCUUUUAAACUACGGUGAGUGCUCAUGUAGACGAGGAGAAGGGUUUGUUUGUUUAAAAAAGGAGUUUGCUUUGCUUAAUUAGAGCUGCCAAUAACGAGAACCGUACUAUUGAUUUUAAGAGUUUCCAACCAGAGGAACCUUUUACUUUGUCAUUAUCCAACAUCUGCGUUAAACAACACAAGUACAAAAUGACAACCUAAUUCUCACAACUAGCAUUAACUCUGUAGCAGAUGUUAGUGGCCACUUCUGUCCUUAAGUUCUAGCCUCAAAGACAAAGAUACUUAAAGAUAUAUUUAAAAAGAGGGCCUUAUCUUUUCAUAUGGUCAACUUUCUUCUUAAACGUCUUUAAACCUGGUUCAAUUAUUGCCGUCUAAUUAUUUUUGCAUGUGCAGGACAAAGACUUCAGACAGGGAAAGAAACUGUGAAGGCAGAGCGGAUGAACGAAAGGAAAGAUCAUCAUUAUUAUUAUUAUUAUUAUUAUUAUUAUCAUCGCGCUUAGAGAAACAUCCUCGUAUUUAAAGAUGAUUCCAUCCAAAGGCCGAGCCGUUUCCACCGCUGAAGUUUUUUAAUGUAAAAUUCACACAAACACAGACCCAUUCACAAUGUAAAAAAGUUAAAACAAGGUCAGGGUAGGAGAGAAACCCGCUGCAUGUAUUCAGAUUCACAGGGACCAGGUUACUGCAGUGCACGUAAAAUUCUGAUUACCUGGGAUCUGGAGUCUGAUAUGAACGUUCAAACACAGAUAGAUGUCGUCUCCGACAUCAUUCUCACUUAAUAAGCCUCACCAGUGUAUAUUAAUGUCUUCCUUUUUAAUGUGCCUUAUUUGCACUUUUCCAUAACAUAACCAGCUUCACUCGUACUGGACUAUAACAUGCAGGCAUAAACCGCUGGCCUACAAUUUCCCCAGUGACAGUUUUUCUUGACGCGUCUAAAGCCUUUUUGGGCUCUAAAUGUUCUGACCUUCAGCAGCAGAGUGUUUGCUGUUUUAAUGAAAGGGUGGAGCUGCUGUUUGCAAACACAAUCGUGACCUACUAUGAACUUUGAUCCUGUUAUUUCAUGCAACUGACUUAACUUGAGUAACUUUUUAAUGCUCACACACAGUUCACAAGGUCUUCUGUUCUUCCAGACGGGGUUGUGAUGUGUUUUUAUUUAAUUUCUUUGAAUCGCACAUGCUUGCAGACUGAAGUAGUGGAUGCUAUAGGGAUACGGCCGGGGAAGUGUGAGGCGCUCCCACAGCUCCCAGUACUAACCGGAGACCCAAAGCAUUUAAUAGUUUAAUUGUUUAAAGUUUAGUAGUCGAGGUUUCGGUUAGUAGGCGAUUGUUUUCACUUGUUGCACUUCCUCUUGCGGCACGGCUAAAGCAGAGCUGCAGAGUUGUUUAAAAAUUUGUUCAGUUAAAAAUAAAAGUUUGAUGUUUACUUUUGAUUUGGAGCGUUUUAAUUUAAAAAUAAAGCAAAAAAAAUAUGCCAUGGGCAAAUUAAAUUGUUGUUGGGGUUUAAAACUAAAAAAGGAAGUCCUGGCCAUCAUAUGGCUGAGGAAGUUUCUUAAAGCAUUUUGGUUUCUUUGAUAAUUGUGUCCUUUUGUCUUCUCUUUUUUUGUCAAAUGAACAUGCUCAUGGACUUUUAAUUGCACAAUUUCUUGCAGUCAUUAUAUGUAUAUUAAAAGGCUCUCAUAUUUUAUGUAUUGGUGAAUGAUUUGUUUAAUAAAGGCCUUUGUAAAUUUA